AGCAAAAAUCGAGAUUAUAAAGAAAAACAUAAGAAUUUCUCGACAAGUUAUUAGAAAAGGCCCUCGUGCUUCGCCGCCCGCGUGUGUGGUCUCCAUCUCCAUUCGCUUCGCUGCUUCGCCGCUUUGAAUGCGGGCAAGUUAAGCCACGGUGGCCUUGAAGCAAACCUGCUUCCUGGCAGCCGAUGAGCGGCUGAAAUACGUACGGCCGGUCACCGGGUGCACGGUCACGUCGACGUAGCUACAUGUAGAUCAACUGAUCGUGUGGCGUGCACGAUCACACCCGUACCAACGCACCCAGUACAUAUAGCGUUAACGCGUUUUGCCUUUGUACAGAGUCAGAGAUAGCUAGCUAGCUACAUUAGCUCAGCAUAGCACAACAUUAAUCCAAACUUUGGCGCCGACAGAGCGGCAGUGCGGUAUCGACGUAAGGUGAUGUUGGGUGUAAGAAUUGCUCUGGGGGGAUGUCGAGGUCGGGAAUCAUUGCGUAGCUAUGUAAAGGCACGGAGUUGGCUGUCUAGCAUGGCUGCUGUGCAGCCUCAAAGCACCGAAAGCAGCAGUAGACGCACCUGCAGCAGUUUUACCAACCCCGCCGUCAAACCUGUUGAGCAAAAGAUGGGCCCCGUCUGCUCCUACAACGAGUGGGAUCCUCUGGAGGAAAUCAUUGUGGGACGGGUAGAGGGGGCUGCAGUGCCUCCGUUCAGUAUAGAAGUCAAGGCCAACACCAACGAAAAGCACUGGGACUUUUUCAAGAGAUCCGGUGGCUGUUCCUUUCCAGCUGAACAUGUCGAGAGGGCCAAGGCCGAGAUUGAAGAACUGUGUAACAUACUCCGUCAUGAGGGGGUCACAGUCCGACGUCCUGAGCCGGUCGACUUCCAGAAAGAGUACUCCACACCCGACUUCACUUCAAGCGGAUUGUAUGCUGCUAUGCCACGAGACAUUCUCCUGGUAAUUGGCGAUGAGAUCAUAGAAAGUCCCAUGGCCUGGCGUUCCCGAUUUUUCGAGUAUCGGGCCUACCGCCCACUGAUGAAGGAAUACUUCAGGGCGGGAGCGAAGUGGACCACUGCGCCCAAACCACAAAUGAGUGAUGAACUCUAUGAUAUGAACUACCCUAUGGACUCGGUGACGGAGCGCAACACACUGGCAGCCAGAGGCCGAUUUGUGACCACCGAGUUUGAGCCCUGCUUUGACGCGGCCGAUUUCAUCCGGGCAGGCAGGGACAUCUUCUGUCAGAGGAGCCAGGUCACUAAUCUGAUGGGCAUUGAGUGGAUGCAGCGUCAUCUUGGCGAUGAGUACACCGUCCACCAGAUCUCCUUCAACGAUCCCAACCCCAUGCACAUUGACGCCACGUUCAACAUCAUCGGUCCAGGGUUGGUGAUUGUCAAUCCCGACCGGCCGUGCAAUCAGCUCAGCAUGUUCAAGAAGGCCAACUGGGAUUUUGUGACCGCUCCUAAGCCCGUGUUUCCUGACGACCAUCCCCUAUGGAUGUCCUCCAAGUGGCUCUCCAUGAAUGUCUUGAUGCUGGACCCUAAACGUGUCGUUGUGGACGAAAUCGAGAAACCAACGCAGGAGAUGUUCCGUCGCCUGGGCAUCGAGUGCAUCUGCGUUUCUAUUCCCUUUGCUAACUCCUUCGGUGGCGGCUUCCACUGCUGGACCAGCGACAUACGCCGCCGGGGCACCCUAGAGACCUAUUUUUAAACUUUGAAACUUUUUCUUACGUAAAUCAGAUCGUUUUCUCACUCGCAGUAUACAUUUAAUACAGUACCAUGAUAAUAUUCUUCCUUUUCAAAAUUAUAUUUAUAGACAUAAAAUGUAUUUCAUAUAUGCUAUAAUACAUGUUUAUGGUAGAUCCAUUUUAAAAUAAACUGUUCUUUCUAUGGCUUAGUCAUUAGCCAAAAUGUAUUUUAGCUGCUUCAAGAAACAAAAAAUCAAUAAAAUAAAUCUGAAGCAGAUUAUUUAACAACUAAUCUGUCAAUCUUUCUGCUCAGUAGGCAUACUUUUUGAGAAAAGUGCAAAUGCACGUUUAUUUUUCUCGACACAAAGCAAGGUUUCCAUUGAUAGCCCUCACUUCCAAAAUGUUCAUAUGUUUUGAAUUGCACCCUCUUGUGGUAUGAUCCCCAAUGUGUGUCUCGAAAAAAAAAAAAUCUUAUUCAUUCAUAUUUAGGCCUCAUUGAUUGCAAACUACUUUGGUCAAUUCGGUGUAGUAUUUGGAGGGGAAAAAAGCUGUUAUUGCCUGCCAGACUCUUGCAGGGCAGGUUCAUUAAUUGUGUGCAAAAUUAAAUUCCGUUUUUAGAGGGUUGCAGACACAACAAAUCAGAAAAAAGUUGGGUCUUUUAGUUAAAACGGAAACACAAAUUGACAAUUUGUAAGAGGAAAAAUACCAAAUAUCCAUUUUUUUUGGAGGAGCACUCCACUGCUCCAAAAGGGCUUUUGUUUCAGCUCAUUCCAAGCAACUGCUUGAACAUUGAUGAACACGUAAGGUAGUUUAAUGUAACAGAGGGAAUGUCUUUAUUUUGCCAUUUUUCUUUUUAAAAUAUUAGUCUUUAGCUUAUGGUUGUGGGGAUUUAUGCAGACUUAUAUAAUUAUGGUGAGAUUCUUUUGUUCAUGAAUGGACUAUAGGCCCUAGGCAUAGUUAUAAUCCUUCUUGGACUGAACAUUUUAUUACAGAUUCCUGUGCUUACAGGGAUAGCGCAGGAUUCCUUUGGCUAGUGUCGUUAGCACAAAAUGGUGAAAAUAAGUGCAGAAUUCUGUGCUUAGCAGAGCCAUGAAAUUGGGCCAAAAUUAAUGUUAUGUAGUUUUCAGGAUGAGUAAAAAAGAAAGUGACUGGGAUUAACAUUUUUUUUUUCUUAAAAAGCAAUCAAAUUUAAUACAAGAACGAAGUAUGACUUCCAAGUGCAUGUUCUUCCACUCAUCUGAAGACCAAAAAAAGAAUGACUGAAAUUGAUCCAUGCUUUCAGAUUUUUUGCAUGUUUUACUAAAAUAAGCUCUGUCCAUGGAAUGCCAUUGGAAGCUAUUGAGCCGAGUUAGAAUUACAGAGUACACACUGGCACUCAAAUACAAAUGGGAUCAUUUGAGUCGAGACUGAAUCAUCAUUUUUACAGUCGGAUUUUGUGUUUGAAUAUGAGGAACAAGUCCACUGCCUAUAUUCUGAGUGGACGCAGCGUCGUCUUGGCGCUGAGUACACCGUCCACCAGAUCUCCUUCAACGAUCCCAACCCCAUGCACAUUGACGCCACGUUCAACAUCAUCGGUCCAGGGUUGGUGAUUGUCAAUCCCGACCAGCCGUGCAAAUCAGCUCAGCAUGUUCAAGAAGGCCAACUGGGAUUUUGUGACCGCUCCUAAGCCCGUAUUUCCUGAUGGUGAGAAGUACAUGUACCGCAGCUGAUUUCACAAAACUUUAAAUAUUGAUGACGAUUUUUGUUUUCCUUUGCAAGUUUUCGUUCAUUCAUUUAUGUGAAAUACGUCAAUGUUUUAUUGUAUUUUUUAGGUAUUCAUGUCGGUGGUGGACAGCUGCAUUUUGUUAUCUUUUUACUAAAAUAGUCAUAACUUGGGAAUAGAGUAUACAAAUUAAGUGAAAUCUUCACUGUUACUAGUCAAUAACUUUUAGUCUGAAACUUUCACUGUAAUAUCUUUCAAGUCAUCAAAAAACAUGGUGCAUAAUUUCAUGCAACUCUGACAGCAAUAUUUAACAAUAUGUUAAUGUUAUGUACAUGGUUUUCAAGCACAGGUGUGUGGCACCCUUUACCUUUUGAUUGCCCAACUAUUUGUCAGUAUUAUAAGUUUUGACUGAUAUUACAAAUGUACUUUAUCACUAUGGAAUAACAGAUGGUGCUGCAAUAAAAUUCAAGAUUUCAACAAG